AUGACAGCAACUAUCGGUCCAGUCACAGAGCUCGUGCGGAUUCCACUGGCGGUCUCCUUCGAGGCAUUCCUCUCCACCUUCACCUCACAACUCGAGCCCGUCCUCCUGGCGCAAGAUGGAAUCCUCUCAAUCCUCACGGGAGUGAUAGUCACCAACGAUAACCUGAAACAGCCGCACGCCGUGUCCAUCACGCAAUGGGAGAGCAUGGACGCGCACGGCGUUUUUCUCGACAGCCCGGCGGCGAAGCCGUUCUUUGCGGCAAUGGAGCCACUCGCCACAGGACCGCCGGCGAUUGAACACUACAACCUGGGAAAUCUAACUCCGGCGGCUCUUCGGUCCCGUUUUGCGCAUGUGUCUAUAUUCGACUCACGCGGCAGCAUUUCAUCUCAGCAAAAGGUACUUGAGCGACAUAUCAGUUCUCGGGAUGGCUGGGAGCGGGCUGCGGUGGCAGGUAGCUGCGUAGAGGUGGACGGACAGAGCGCGGUGGUAUUAUUCAGCGAGACGGACGACUUCAAGACAGGGGAAGUUGGCGAUGGCUUGGUGACCUCAUUCGUGGUGCGGCUAGAACGGAGUGAGGAGAAGGUUACAACGCUCAAAAGCGCGCAGUCCAAUCUGUAG